CGCGCCGGAAGUCGCCUCUGCUUCCGCCAGGGUGCGCGGAAGUGUAUAGUGCGCAGGCACACGGGGCCGCGGACUAUGGCCACCUCCUCCGUGUCCAAGGGCUGUUUUGUGUUUAAACCAGACUUCAAAAAAAGAAAGAUCUCUGUGCCAAUAGAGGACUAUUUUAAUAAUGAGGAACUUGACUCAGAAGACAGUAAACUUCGAUUUGAAACAUAUCGCUUGCUAUGGCAACGGAUAAAAUCUGAAACAGAGCAAUUACAGGAGGGAUUAAAUGAAAAUCUGUUUGAUAACCUAGUUGACUUUCUGCAGAAGUCCCAUUCUGAACUUCAGAAAAAUUCAGGAAACUGGGGCUCUCAGAUGAGACUCAGAGAAAUUCCAACAGCUGCUCUUAUUCUUGGCGUGAACGUCACAGAUCAUGACGUGAUAUUCAGGAGUCUAACAGAGACCCUUCACAAUAAUGUCACACCGUAUGUUGUCUCCCUGCAAGCUAAGGAUUGUCCAGAUGUGAAACAUUUUUUACAGAAGUUGACCUCUGAGUUGAUAGACUGCUGUGUAGAUAGAAAUUCCAAGGAGGAGAAAAAUGACAAAGCCCUGAGGAGGACCAGUUAUUCCAUGGAUUCGCUUUCUAGUUGGUAUUCGACGGUUGCACAGAAGACAGGCCCCAAAAUGACAAGCAAAAAGAGAGCGACUUGUAGCCAAUGGCAGUCCCCUCCUGUGGUGCUUAUCUUAAAGAACAUGGAGAGUUUCAGCACAAAAGUACUGCAGGACUUCAUAAUUAUCAGCAGUCAGCAUCUGCAUGAGUUUCCUCUAAUUCUCAUUUUUGGGAUCGCCACAUCUCCUGUUAUUAUCCACCGACUGCUUCCUCAUUCAGUGUCAUCUCUGUUGUGUAUAGAACUGUUCCAGUCUCUGUCUUGCAAGGAACACCUGACAGUAGUUCUUGAUAAGCUGCUUCUUACCCCUCAGUUUCCCUUUAAAUUGAGUAAAAAGGCAUUACAAGUUCUGACCAACAUCUUUUUGUAUCAUGAUUUCUCAAUUCAAAACUUCAUCAAAGGACUUAAGCUUUCUCUACUAGAACAUUUUUAUUCUCAGCCCCUAAGUGUUCUGUGCUGUGAUCUCUCAGAAGCCAAAAAAAGAAUAAAUGUUUUCUCAGUCAAUCAAUGUGAAAAAAUCCGGCGCCUUCCUUCAUUUAGGAGGUACGUGGAAAAUCAACCUUUGGAAAAGCAAGUUGCACUGUUGACCAAUGAGACCUUUUUAAAGGAGGAAACGCAAUCAUUGUUGGAAGACCUGCAUGUUUACCAUAUCAAUUACUUCCUUGUUUUGAGAUGUCUUCAUAAUUUUACCUCUUCUCUUCCCAAGUACCCACUGGGUCGACAGAUUAGGGAGCUGUAUUGUACAUGUUUGGAAAAGAAGAUAUGGGAUUCGGAGGAGUACGAAUCAGCCUUGCAGUUGCUGAGAAUGCUGGCAAAGGACGAACUGAUGGGCAUACUUGAGCAGUGUGUUAAGGUUUUGAAUUCCUCUACUGAAAAGCAGCUUAGCAACACAGCACAGAAAAUAAAGGGCUUCCUGACCCAGUUUCAGAACCUUGAUGCAGAUAGCAAAGAGGAAGAGGAUGCUUGUGGUUCACAGCCAAAGGGGCUGCAGAAGACGGACCUGUACCACCUUCAGAAGUCCUUACUGGAAAUGAAAGAGCUAAGGAGAACAACUAAGAAGCCAACCAAGUUUGAAAUGCUCAGAGAAAAUGUUAUAAACUUCAUCGACAACCUGGUGAGAGACUACCUUCUGCCUCCCGAGGGCCAGCCUCUGCAUGAGGUAGUGUACUUCAGUGCUGCCAACACACUCCGAGAGCACUUAAAUGCUGCUCCAAGAAUCGCCCUCCACACUGCACUCAACAACCCUUACUAUUACCUAAAGAAUGAAGCAUUGAAAAGUGAGGAAGGCUGCAUUCCAAGUGUUGCCCCUGACAUCUGCAUAGCAUAUAAACUGCACCUGGAGUGUAGUCGGCUGAUUAACCUUGUCGACUGGUCAGAGGCUUUUGCAACAGUUGUGACAGCUGCUGAGAAAAUGGAUACAAAUUCUACAGUCUCCGAAGAAAUGAGUGAAAUCAUCCAUGCUCGAUUUAUUAGAGCUGUUUCUGAAUUAGAACUUUUAGGCUUUAUAAAACCUACGAAACAGAAGACUGACCAUGUUGCAAGGCUCACAUGGGGAGGCUGCUAAAAAGCAAAUGUGUGAAGACAAGAGUUCUGCAUCUAACUUAAGGCUAAAAGCAAUCUGGAAUAUUUAUAUAGUUGUAUCAAAAUGUUUUUGGAGUACUUCAAAAUCUAAGAAAUGCAUAAAGCCUUUAUACAUUGUCAGUAUACAUUA